AUGGCCGAAAUCCCUCAGUACAUGAAAGCGCUUGUCUACGAUGGCAAAACCUCCAAGGUUGAAAGAAUACCCACACCACAAGCAACCCCUGGUACUGCUGUGGUGAGGGUGCUUGCUGCCAAGGUCAAUGCAUAUGCUCGCGAAGUCUACUGGGAAGAAGGAAGCGAUGUUCCCAAUCGCAAAUAUCCAUUUCCGACUCCCUUAGUACCAGGGGGUUCAGCCGUAGCAAGAGUGGCCGCUGUUGGAGCCGACAGUACGAAGCUGCGGCUUGGCGAUCUGGUUUACAUUAACAACACCGUUCGCUCGAGAGAUAACAGAUCCGAUGUGUUCCUCCCUGGUCUAUUGCAAGGCUUUACUGAAGGCUCAAAGAAACUUAUGACCGAGGUCUACCGAAACUGGACGUAUGCACAGUAUUGUCUGGUUCCACUGGAAAAUAUCUGCGUGCUAAAUGAGAAUCGCCUGACGGGCGAUCGAAAGGAUGGUGGCCUAGGAUACAAGAUUGAGGAAUUAUCUUGGGCAGGCACACUCGCAGUGCCGUACGGCGGCUUAACAGACAUCAACCUUACGGCGGGCGAAACGAUCAUUGUGGCUCCAGCGACCGGAUCCUACGGGGGAGCAGCAACAGCGGUGGCACUUGCGAUGGGUGCAAGAGUGAUAGCUUUUGGGAGGAAUUUCGAAGCCCUGGAGAAGCUCAAAGAACAAGUUCCCAAUUCGGAGAGGGUGGAAAUUGUGCCCAUAUCAGGAGAUAUGGCGGCAGACUUGUCUGCUCUGAAGAAGUUUGGUCCAAUCGAUGCAUAUCUCGACAUCGGACCACCAGAGGCGGCGAAAAGUACUCAUAUCAAAUCGUCCAUUCUUGCUACCGGGCAAGGUGCGAAGAUCAGUCUGAUGGGAGGGUACGUUGGGGAUGUUGGGAUCCCACAUCAGAAUAUCAUGGGAAGCAACAAGAAGCUGUUUGGUAAGAUGAUGUACGAGCAAUCCGAUGUCGAGAGGCUGUUCAAAAUGAUUGAGGCUGGCACUCUGAAGAUUGGCCGUGCUGGUGGGUCCGAGAUUGUUGGGAAGCACAAGCUCGAAGAAUGGAGAGAUGCUUGGGAGAAUGCAGCUAAUUAUUCCACGUUCGGGCAACAGGUCGUCGUUACACCUUGA